CAGUUGAGGCUGCCCGAAUCGCAGGUGCACUCGAACGAGAUGAUUGAAAUUUUCACGAUACUUAUCGUCACAACUGGAUUGCUGGCAGUCCUGAUAGCAUGGCGUCGAAGGCAUUUUUCGUACUUCGAGGAUCUGGGAGUUCCAGGGCCAAAACCGAAUUUGAUUUGGGGAAACUUGUGGGAGUACUACCAAGAUGAUCGCUACAAGGUUAUCGGAAAAUGGCUGAAGAAGUAUGGAGACGUCUUUGGGUUCUACAACGGUGAUGUUCCUUUCUUGGUCGUGAAUGACCUUGAGUUUCUCGAAUACGUUUUCGUGCGGAACUUCCGAAACUUCGUGGACCGUGGCCUGACCAUGUUGACCGACCAAAUGCACCCUAUUCUGGGCAAGAGCAUAUUGCACGCCAAAGGCAACGAUUGGAAAGGUAUCCGCAGUUCGGUCAAUUAUGGCCUCAGCGCUGCAAAGAUCAAAAUGAUGAUGCCCGAAGUUUGCAAGAGCGCAGAUCUCUUUCUCGAGAGGAUGGAGAAACUUGCCAACGAGGAGGUGCACUUGUACGACGAGUACCAACUUCUCUCCAUGGAUUACACGGCGCGCGGCGCGUUUGGCAUUGACACAGUCUUCCAGCUCGAACCUCACCACCCUCUUCUUACGAUCGCCAAGGGCGUGUUGGACGGAGUCAUGACUGGACCUCUGCACAUGAUCGCGCAGUGCACCUCAGCCCUGGGUGACAUCAUGAAACCCUUCUAUUGGCUUGUGGCCUCAUUUGGCGAAUUCACCUUCAAGACAUUGGGCGAGGAAACGUCAAAGAUAGUCGAACUUCGUAGGAAAGACCCUUCGCUGCGAAGGCCAGACAUGCUGCAGAACCUUAUCGACGCGACAAUGCCGACGGAAGACGAGUGCGGGGCCGUGAACGAGGAAUACCGGACUGACGACCCUGCAGCUGUUCCGAAUAGAGGCCGGCAUCUGAGCAAUGAGGAAGUGUUUAUGACAGCGAACACACUGUUCAUGGCGGGCUUCGACACAACCGGAACUGCCUUGAGCUACGUGACUUUCUUUAUUGCUAAACACCACGAAGUGCAAGAGAGAGUGCGACAAGAAGUAAGAGAUGCGCUAGCUGAUGACCAAAAGACCAGCGUUGAUUACGAAAUUGUUACCAGGAAGCUGAAAUAUCUGCAGCAGGUCAUCGACGAGUCACUGCGGCUACUGCCACCUGCUCUUAUAUUCACAACGAGGCGGGCCAAAGAGGACUUCGAGUACAACGGAUUGAGAUUCAAAGCGGGAACGUGCGUAAUGUCGCCCACAUAUCAAGUUCACACUGACUCUCGGUACUGGCCAGACCCUUUGAUGUUUGAUCCCGAGAGGUUUUCGACCGAGAAUGAGGCCGCUAUACCAAAAAUGGCGCACCAGCCUUUCGGCCUAGGACCGCGUCGCUGCGUUGGCAUGCGCAUGGCCUUGACGAACAUCAAGUACACGUUGGCGAGAAUUUUGGUCAAGUUCCAGCUCGAACUGGGAGAAAAACAGGAGCUACCAGAAAAAGCAGCUGCGUUCACUGAGAGUAGCCAGUGGAUCAUCUCGUCGAGACGUAUCGAACCCGAGACCUCAUGCUCAGCAGUAGAAUGUCAGAGUCACCGAGUGUGCCUGCGUACAACGACGAGUGCUCCCCGUAAGGCCUUGAUACUCGCCCUAAAGGCGAGCCGGAGAGAGCGCUCAGGCAAGGCCAUUCAUGGCUACCCUCUCCCAUGUCGACCGCCAGCCGCGGAACAGCGCGAUAGGCUCGUUCGUUUCGCCGUGGAUGAGUGCGUAGUUGUUGUGUUUGUAGAUGUCGUCCGUCAGUUGACGGCCUCGGUCGCCGCGAUGCUUUCCUUAGUCGGCGCACUCACCUUGAUCGGCGUUUUCCUGCUCGCGAUUUUCAGGUGGCGACAAAGGCACUUCGCUUAUUUCAAAACUCUGGGAAUACCCGGCCCCGAACCGAGUCUGCUAUGGGGAAACAUUCGCGAGUAUCACGAAACGCAUCAUUUCAAGGUUCUUGACAAGUGGCUGGCAAAGUACGGCGACACUUUUGGAUUUUACGAUGGAGAUGUGCCGUUUAUUGUGACGAAAGACUUGGACCUCUUGGAAUACAUUUUGGUUCGCAACUUCCAAAACUUCACAGAUCGAGGGAGAGGAUUGGUGAUGGAGCAACGUCAUCCCCUUUUGGGCAACGCUGUUGUCUACGCUGAAGGCACCAAGUGGAGAAACAUACGGCGAUCUCUAGCGCCCGGUUUCACCCCCGCAAUGUUAAAGCAGAUGAUUACAAGUCUGAAGAACGGCGCGGAUAUAUUCCUGGAAAUUGUCGGAGAGCACGCCGACAGUGGUCGUGAAGUGAAUGUGUACCCCCUCUACCAAAGGUUAACCAUGGACUACGUGGGUCGCGCAGCAUUCGGCGUAGACUGCAGCUUCCAGAGAGGACCCGAACACGCCCUCGCGGCUACCGCCAAAGUGGUGCUGCGAGGUAUACAGAAGGGACCCGUCCACUUAAUCUGCCAAAGUACCUCCACACUGGGUGCACUUGUAAAGCCCCUUUACUGGAUCAACAUGCUUCUGGGCAGCUACGUCGCUAUAGCUAUGACUAAAGAAACGAGGAAAGUGAUAGACCUGAGAAGGAAAAACCCAGAGUUACGAAGGCCUGACGUCCUCCAAAACCUGCUUGAUGCGGAAUACCUCGAAGACAGUUCUGAAAGUGGCAACGGAACAUCAGAGAAUGGCAAAGGACCUGCAAAAGUUUCUAAAAGACGUGUGUUGACGACAGAUGAAGUUCUUGUGAGUGCUUGUGCUCUGUUCAUCGCAGGGUAUGACACAACGUCGACGUCUUUGAGCUACAUCACGUUCCUCUUGGCAAAACAUCAAGACGUUCAGGACAGAGUUCGGAAAGAAGCCAGCUAUGCCCUUUCCAGCAAUGAGGACUUGGACUAUGAAACUAUUACGAGAAAACUGCCGUACUUAAGCCAAGUCGUCAACGAGGCUCUUCGCUUGUACCCGCCAGUACUUACAUUCAUAUCAAGGAGGGCCUGCAAGGACUUCGAGUACAACGGCGUGCAUUACAAGGCCGGAACGUGUUUCAUGUCUCCCACACUACAAAUCCACAGAGAUGCACGAUACUGGCCUGACCCGCUGGCCUUCAAUCCGGACAGGUUUUCUCCGGAGAAUGAAGGCAGCUUCCCUAAGGUAGCCCACCAGCCUUUCGGCGUUGGACCGCGAAAUUGCAUCGGAAUGCGCAUGGCUUACAUGUCGUUGAACUCCACAAUUGCGCGGUUAGUUCAACGAUUUGAACUCGAGCUGGGACCAUCGCAGGGAGAGGGAACCCUGGACAUCGUUUCUUGUGCUGUGGUUUCGAAACCAGCCAUUGGCCCCUGGAUCGUCUUUAGGCGGUUAUGAACGUCGCACAAAAGAUCAAGCUUCCUGCGUUUGCUAUGGGACAACGAAGCAAGUCACCAACACACAAAAGACGUUCAAGAAGAGCGAAAGGCAAAUACAUUCGUACGGUGUGGUCGUGUCGUCAUCAUGGAAUAAACUAUUUACCUAUUCGAGCACCAACAUGUGCACGAAAUGACAAAAUGGAGUGGAAAGUCCCAGAUCUGCCCGAUAGGCUAGUUAUCUUUAAACGCGAAAAAGAAAGCUCCCUCGGAAGUUUGCAUUCUGUUUUUUUUUUUUUUUUUUUUAAUGUUAGUUCCCAAGGGAAGCCUGCCUGUUUCACAUAAGGUAAUUUGUAUUCAAGAAAGUCGGGCACGAAAACUAAAGCACAUUCAGUUCCUGACUUAGUGAUUGUUUUCGCAUGGAAAUUAGGGCAAUGUGCGUACGGCAUAUGUGUAUAACGCAUGUCAUAUGUGAACGGGAGAAAUCUAGACAGAAUGCGUGAUAGCAUUCGUUAUUGACAAUGAAUAGGUCGUGUAGCUAUUUCGUGGUUCUAUAACGGUUCAUUGAGGUACUCUAAUAAAUAAACUGUUAUUAAAUUCAGGUAUAAAAUAUUUAGAAUUGCUGAAUUCAAGCCUCAAGCACACAAUACGGAGAAAUAGAAGAAGGAUAUGGCCCUCUUCGAGUAUUUUUAUCGCUCUCCAACAGACCCAGCCUCGUGAGGGACCAAUCGUAAAGCCCCGUGUGAGUGGUUUCUGUGAAUAAACGUCUGUUCUCCAUCAUUUCUCACAUAUUGUUCCUGAUUCAGUUUUACGAACAUCAUUUGGCUUUUCACCUUCCUACUGU